AAUGAAUCCCAGGCCAGAUCUCAUCAUUAAUUUUACAUCCAGUGCCGUUAGCCAAAGAUAGUCUUCAUUUGUACUCAUGACUCCUUCACAAACGAACUUCCCCGCGAUCCGCGCAUGCAUUUUCGAUAUGGAUGGACUUCUCCUCAACACCGAAGACAUACUCACCCUAUCCAUGAAUCAACUUCUUGAGAAGCAUGGAAGACCUGCUCUUACCCGGUCAAUUCGAGCUCAACUCAUGGGUGUCCCAAACUCUUCCAAUGGUGAUGCGUUCCAUGACUGGGCGGAGUUACCUAUCUCCCGCGAGCAGUGGGCGCAUGAAUCGGGGGAACAGAUGAGAUUGAAUUUCCCGAAUUGUAAGGCGCUGCCUGGUGCGGAGACGCUUCUGUCAAAUCUUAGUCGUGCACGUAGUGUUUUUGCUGGGGACAGAAUUGAGCUGGCAUUAGCAUCCAGCACAAACAGCCAUAGCUACAAGUUAAAAACGUCAAAGCAAGAACCAAAACGGCUGCUUGAUUUCUUUCAAUCUGACAAACGAGUACUAGGCGAUGAUCCACGAGUGGGACAGGAUCGGGGUAAACCAUGGCCUGACAUAUAUCUGGUCGCAUUGCAGGCCUUGAACUCAACGAGAAACUCUAGCGAAAAGGCAAUCAUGCCUAACGAAUGUUUGGUGUUCGAGGAUAGCGUGACUGGGGUGGAAGCUGGAAGAAGGGCUGGGAUGAGGAUCAUAUGGGUACCGCAUCCAGAUAUGGCAGUCGAGUAUGGAGCAAGGCAGAAGGAUAUAUUAACCAGGAGGACGGGAAUGAUUGAAGUGGGAGACGACUGGCAAUUAGGCGACAUUGGUGAUGGCUGGGCUGAAAGCAUACCAAGCCUGGAACAUUUUGAUUAUGAGAAGUACGGUAUCAACGUGUCGUCCUGAGUAUCCUUCCGGGAACAAUUCUUAUCAAAUUCAUUCUUUCCACGGGACCAGGGAUCCGCGCCUACGGUUAAGAUCUGUCAUUCCCCAAACCCAAACGUCCAGUUGUUGACCUCUUUGC